AUUGUAUGUUUGUUUAGAUGUGUUUUAGCCUUUGAACCAAGCAUGUCACAGAGGAUACGUUUUAUAUGAUAGACUGUGUAAACCACGCCACUCAACCAGAACAGACCAAACAAUGCUACUGAGUACAAAAUACCGUGUUUUGUAGCUUUUAAAAUUAAGUCACAAACGAUUACUUUGGCGGCGUUUGAAGUUCUUUUCACGAACUAACUCAGGAACUGAGAGACGAAGAAACAAGCCAUCAAACACGUACCUUCAUACGACAAAGCUGCUUCGAUUUUAGCAAUGAAAUCGAACUUUUUCCUUGUUAUAUACGCAGUUUAAAGCCUUGUUCAUGGUUUAAUUCUUCCAAGUUUGCUUUACAACUGAGUUUCGACGAUUUGAAGUUUACUCAGAAUCCAGUACUGUAGAUAUGGGUUGCUAUGACGAUGUCCUAGUCUUUAUUCUGAUAUUGGUCACACUGUAUCAUCGGCUCUUAGCUAUUUCUAUAUGCGAAGUCAAUUUGAUACAGGCACAAGAAGGGGAGGUAACAUCGCCAAACUUUCCAUACAACUAUCCAAGCAACACCAACUGCACAUUAGUCAUUGAUGUUGGACCAAACAACAGGAUUGAUAUUGAGUUCAAAGAUUUUCGCGUUGAAGAAAACGAUGAUAUGCCUGGUUCCUGCUUAAGCGCAGAAUAUUUAGAAAUCUCUGAGGGAAGCAAAAACAAAAUCUACUGUGGGUACAAACUGCCAACGAGGUACCAGUCUACUGCAAGUAACGUCACAAUACGGUUUAUAACAGACAAGCACAUAAAUUACAUGGGAUUUCGACUGCUUUUUAGCACGUCUAGAAAAGUUUUAGCUGAUUCCAUAUGCCCCACUCGAUACAUCAAGAAAGACAUGUCUGGCUCAUUUUCCUCACCCAACUAUCCUAAUCUCUACACAAAUAAUGAACAGUGCAGACUGACUGUUAGCGUGCCUGAUAAUUAUAUGAUGAAUGUAUGGUUUACAGCGUUUCACUUACAACGUUCUCUGGUAUGCAGCAAUGACUAUUUGUUGAUUAAGGACGAAAAUGGGGGUUGGAAAAUGUGCGGAGGAGGAGAAAAUAAAAUACCAAAGCGAAUGAAAUUCGUGGGAAACACUGUUAGAAUGGAAUUUAAAUCUGAUAGUAGCGUUGGUCAGCGUGGAUUUCUUUUACACUACAAUAUGACUAGAUUACGAGAAGGUCAAUGUGUUUGCACACAAGGUCUUGAAUAUAUCUCCAUCAACAACUUCAAAUCAAAAAUACGUCGAAAUAACAACGUAAUCAAGUUCCUCUUCAAAACAUCCAGGCCAAAUGGUUUGAUCAUGUUCUCUAAAGGAAGGUUAAGGGACUAUAUCUACAUUGGCAUCAGCAAUGGUCGUCUUUUUUAUCAAGCUGAUCUUGGUACAGGUAGCGGCCGAGUCAUAUCUCCGGGACGAAGCUUAAAUGACAAUAAAUGGCACAAGGUCCAAAUUACUCGUCAAGAUAAAAUAAUAACUAUUGCAGUCGACGAUAGAUUUAAAGGUUAUGCUUCAACUCGUGGACCAUUCAACCGCCUUGACAUUCCAGAUUCCAUUGGUUUCUUCCUGGGCGCACCAUCAUCUAUCAAGGGUCUUGUUGGAAACUUUGUUGGAUGCAUACGGGACUUACAAGUGGACGAAUUGGAGUCAAUCACAAACGCAUUCGCCGGAAAACCAUUUCACCAUACAUUUGGUCGCGAGCGCUUUAGAAAAUGCUAGCUAUAGGACAAACGGACUAAUAUGUAUUUGAGGUAGUGUUAGAUAAAGGAGUUCCCGAGAGCGACUCCUAUACGAAGGGAGGGGAUGCUCGUCGAAAAUUUUGAAAAUUACCCCUUGGAGGUACCUAAGCCUUAUCAAAUGUGGGUGUGGCAAAAAAUGAUUUUUACCCCUAAAAGGCACCAGUUCAGUACCUAUGAUCUAAGCGAUAGAGGUCAGAUUAUGAUGAACCGCAAAUUAGUAUCUUGACUUACAACUGCCAUUCUGACUGUCAUCGUAUUGCCUCAAAUACACCAGGUAAUGGCUUACUAAGCUAAAUGAUAAAAAGAAACUUAAUGGGCGAAUAUGGAUUAGUUUAAAGAUUAUCAGCUGUUUCUUCAAAGGUCCUUUCACUGGAUGUGAACUAAAUGAGAAAAUGAAGGGGCGACUUUUUCACAUCCAUUGAAAGGACCUUUUUUAUAAGAUAAAUUAUUUAUGUUUUGGUCAAAGCAGAUCAAAAAUAUAAACAAAAUAGAUAAGAAGAAACUUAAUGGGCGCGUAUGGAUUGGUCUAAGAGCUUGGGUUGAUUAACAGCUGACACUUCAAAGGUCCUUUCACUGGAUGUGAACUAGAUGAGAAAAUGAAGGAGCGACUUUUUCACAUCCAUUGAGAGGACCUUUUUCUUAAGCAAAAAGUCAUACGUUUUGGUCGAAGCAAAUCAAAAAUAAAUAUAAAAUAGAUAUGAAAGAACUUAUUAAUGUGCAAAUAUAGUUUAAGAGCUUGAGUCGAUUAGAAGCCGUUGCUUCAAAGGUCCUUUCACUGGAUGUGACUAGAUGAGACCAUGAGGGCCGGGCGACUUUUUCACAUCCAUUGAAAGGACCUUUUUUACAAGCUAAAGGUUUUAUGUUUUGGUCAAAGCAGAUCAAAAAUAUAAAUAAAUAGAUUUAAAAAGUUGGAUAAGAUGGAUUAAGAUGCCAGAUAGAUAAGAUGCCAAAUGAUCAAAGAAUCUGUUUAAUUGAAGUCUCAGUGUAACGAAUGUGCAGCCACCUCCUUCGCAUUUAUAAGGAAUGUAUGGACAGAAACAGGAUUUUUGACCAGUUUUGUUAUUCACUUCAACACAAGAUUUCCAUGACUGUAUUCAAUACUUGAUCGAUUUUGGGCAAGUGAAUUUGAGGUGUAAAAGGACAGGAUUUAUGAACGAGACCCUUGCAAGGCCUUCUGUGCUUAACCCAACCAGAAAGAUGGUAGCCGAGGCUAUAAGAAAGGCAGUACCAAACAACGGCUUUAUGCUCUCUCGUUUCGCUUGUCACCAGUACUCUAUCUGAUCUGGAUAAGAGCGCCAGAUGAUUAAAGGUUUAUUACUUUUUAAUUUAAGACUCUAACGGAUGUACAGCCAGAGAAAUUCGAGAUUUUGUUGUGCAAGUCAUCACUGUCCAGCGAAAAAUAUUUAUAAGGAAAUAUAUGGGAGGAUCGUCAUUAACUUUAAAACGAGAUUUUUAUAGUGACCGUAUUGAAGAAGAAUUUGGAUUUUUCACUUAUCCCUUGUGAGGCUCUUAGCGCUCAAUCCAAAGAGAAAGGUGGCAAGCAAAGGCUUAUGAGGUCCACCAAACGAAGGUUUAUAAAUAUACCUAUACUGCGCAUGACUAACUUCUGUAAGCAAAAGUCUUGGAUGGAAUUUCAUACCUCCCACAUGGUAUGAGGCAACUGUAGGAACUUAGUCAUCAGAGAACAAAUUUGUUUUUCGCUGUUCAUAGCAAGGCGUUAAUCUUACACGGUUUAGGUGCCGACUAACUUCUGCCUUAGACUUCGACCGAGCUCCCUGAUCAGUCAUUAUGGAUAGCUGUGUCGGGGCAGAAAUCUCCGGCAUAGCCGUAAAUGCUUGGCGCUGCCAUACUGCGCUUCAGCACUAGGUCUGGAGGUAUGGUCCUGUAAUUGCAACAAAGAGUAAAAGUUAGAUAUUUAUCA